CUAGGAAUGCAGACGACUUCUACAAACAUUUGUGAAAGAAUGGGUCAAUCUCAGGAGCUCAGUGAAUUCAAGCGUGGUACCGUGAUAGGUUGCCACCUGUGCAAUAAGUCCAUCUGUGACAUUUCCUGGCUACUAAAUAUUCCACGGUCAACUGUUAGUGGUCUUAUAACAAAGUGGAAGCGACUUGGAAUAACAGCAACUCAGCCACGAAGUGAGCGGGGUCAGCACAUGCUGGAGUGCACAGUAUGCAGAAGUUGCCAACUGCCUGCAGAGUAAGUAGCUAAAGACCUCCAAACUUCAUUUGGCCUUCAGAUUAGCACAACAACAGUACAUAGAGAGCUUCAUAGAAUGGGUUUCAAUGACCAA